UGUCUGUAUAUAGUCUAUGAUGCCUUUAUUCCAUUAAAAAACCCACAUGAUUAAAUAUGAAAUUAAUGUACCCAGUUAUGAGGCUACCAUAUUCUUUAACACAAAGUGUGGUUCAGAAGAAUGAGAAAAUACACCAGAGUACCGAGACCAGCGUGGCCAUAGAGACCCCCACUCAGGUGGCACUGAAGGAGUUAAGAAGCAGACACCCAGAUGGAACAGCAAAGUGGGACUAGCAGGGGCCAACAGCCUUCCCAGCUGAGAGCCUCAGGGAGCUGACAUCUUUCCAUUGUGAGGACCUGGAGCAGAUUCCGACCCACGGAAUUUUUUCUUUUCAAACAGUCUGAUUUAAUUAGGAAGUUGAGGUGGAGUAGAGUGGGAUCAUCAGAAGGCUGACAUGGGACCCCUGGAGUUGGCAAUCACAGCAGCGUGAGGUUGGCAAGGGAGCAACACCAUUCAAGGCAAGGCACAAACUUUGGCAAGGAGAGAUGAGGGUGGGACCCCACUUCAAUGGACAUGCUCAGGGAGGCCAGUGGAUUACAUGCAAUAGGGAGAUCAUUCAGGCAACUUCAGCUCUGAGGCUGGGCAUCUGUGAGGGCUGAAGGCUCAGGCUGUUCGCAGAGGCUUGUGAUUCACCUGGGAGAUGCUGACGCCCAUGAGUCUUCCACACUCUCUGGCAGGUGGCUUAGAAUGUCCAGUACUUCCCCAGUCACUUUGGCUGCCCCCAUGGUCCCACUGCCACUGGACACCAGUGUGAUCUUAUUGGCCGAAGUCAAGGGACCGCUGAUCUCCUCUGCCACCUGGAGCAGCUUCUCUAGCAGCAUGUCUAGUUGAGCAGCCUCUUGGUACACCUGGAACGCUUCUGCCUUCUUCGCCAUCUGCUCAGCCUCAGCUCAGCCUCGGGCCCCUAUGGCAAAGGCCUCAGCUUCCCCACCCAUCCAAACAGAUUCGGCUUCUGCCUCUGCCUGCAUAAUUAGCUGGGACCUGUGCACAGAAGGGAAGUGUAGGGUGGAGCCCAGGGUCCCUUACUCCCAGGAGAAAAGCCCAGUGAUACAGAGGCAGAGGUUCCUGCAACCUGAGAUCCAUAGGAGUCCAGGUGGUGAAGGCCUCAGUCCUUCAUCUUGGGGUACCUAGGUGGCAAGGGAGCUAGGAGGGGUCAGGGAGGGGACAUUUACUUCUCUGCCUCAGCUAGGCGCUCCAGCUUGUAGCGCUCGGCUUUGGCUUUUUUUUUUUUUUUUUGGAGAGAACAUGGUUUAAUUAAAGGCAAGGCUGAUUUCAGCAGCUGCAGGCCUUGCACAGACAAAAACAAAAAAUAAAACCCAGAAAACAAAACAAAACAGAACAAAAAACCACAAAACAAAGUUUACUACACAAAACCAGUUUCUGAUCAAGAUUCUCCUUCCCCUCCUCAUUACUCCACAGUGAGGAUGAUAAGGCGAGGAAUCUCGCCCCAAGAGUCAGAAAACAUUCCAGACACCAAAUUCUCAUGCAGAAUGGGACUUUAGAUGGGAACUGGGUAUUACUGGGAGAUGGUAAACCUGGUGAGCUUGUCUAGGGCGCAAGAAUGAGUGACAGUUCAAACACUGGAAUGUUGCAGCUGCUAAAUGCAGAGCUCAAACACACAAACUGGGUAAAGGUGGUAGGAAAACGGCUUGAGACAAGGAGAGAAAGGUGGACACAGGGAAGAGGCUGAAGAGAAGCACAAAAGGUUUCAUACUGCCAUUGGGUGGGGGGCUUCACCUUUUCAGACCUUUCAAAAAAACAAAACAAAACCCAAACACCAUGUCAAACUAAAAGAGCAAUAAUGUAAGCAUACUGGGGGGAGGGGGCUCUAACCACUCUCUCUGAAGAGCAAGGAGCAUUAUCUCACCCCAUUCUCUCUGAACAGGUGAUUUUUUAUUAACAAAUAGGUGUUCUGUGUUUUCUCAUAGAACCAAGAGCAACCAGGCAGGCAGCUGGUGCCUGCUUACCACUGAUGAAAGACAAACUAGAAAGUAUUCUCCACGAGGGAGCCACGAGGGAGCCACGGGGGAAGGGUCACAUAUCCCAUCCUUAAAGAAUUGUUUUAAUCAAAAAAAAAAAAAAUGGUGUAUGAUACACAUAUACUCUUUUGCUACUGUAGAAUGCCCCAAGCAGUUUUCCACUUGGUGGGGGAGGCAGCCAGCUUUUUCCUUGCCAUGGUUCUCAGCAAACAAUAUAAUUUAUCAUACACUUUAGGACUUGUCCCUGUAUCAGAGAACUGCAAUUACCUACUGGCUGGUCUAUUUCCUCAUUAGAGUCAAUUUUUUGAAGACUAAAUUGCAUUUCUGAAUCUCUAAUGGUUACCCUCUAGCUCACUGGCUCUGUGUGUUUGAGUGCAUGUGCUGAAUGCUUAAUUAUAUCACUUACUUUCUGUUAGAAACACGGUGUCUGUCAGCACCAGAACAGCACAGACAGAUCUGGCCUUAGAGCUAAGGAAAGGUCUCAAGUAUCUCCCAGGCUGGAUACACACAGGUUCAACAUUACCAAACAUGAAGGAAUCCCACGCAGCUCAGUACACCCAGGUGUGAGCAUCAUUGCCAAAUUAUACCUAUGAGGUGUUGGGAGGAGACUCAAAAAGCCGAGAGGCCGGGCUGAUUUAGCUAUUUCACAACAGAACCGAUCGUGGUCGGACUUGUUCCUGGGAAAAUGCGGAGGCUGGCACUUUCUUCAAGAACGGAUUGCAAAAGGCAGCCACCUCCGCGUGGCAGGUCACCGCCAGGAAAGGCGGACGCUGAAACCGUCGCCUCCGGCUUAGGCCGCAGAGCGGGAACCGGAUUCUCUGGGUAGUUAGUACCGGUGAGGGUGGCGCGCGGUGCCAUUUCUAGCUAAUAAAUGGUGCCUGCAGGCGUGGCCUGUCCCCCUGCCGGGCUUCGGGGAAGGGGUGGGGAUAGGAGGCUCCCCUCCGGGGAAGGUCACGUUCGGGGUCCCCGGGCCGGGCCUCCGCGCGCUUCUGCCCCGCCUCCUCCUGGGAGCGGCCGCUGUGCCCGCCGGCUGCCGACUGGCAGACGCCCGAGGGCCCCGCGCCCGCAGCCUGGCAGUACGCGGGGAGGAGGUCGCCGCCGGCCCAGGCGUGGCAGAAGCGCUUCCUGUGCCAAGUUUCCGGCUCCGGGUCCCCGAAGGAGGAUCGCGGGCCAGAGGCGGAGCCGCCGCCCUGCCGCGACUUUCAGACUCGACUAUGGCCUCGCGCUGGUGGCGCUGGCGGCGGGGCUGCUCCUGGAGGCCUGCGGCUCGGAGUCCAGAGCCCGGCUCCCCCGGCCUUGCGGGGCAGCCGGGGCCGCGCGCCGCUGCAGACGCUUGCUCGCAGGCUCAUAGGUGGAAGGGACUUGACUUGUCUCAGAUACCCUAUUUUAAUCUUGUGAAGCAUCUGACAUCUGCCUGUCCAAAUAUAUACAGUAUAUCACGGUUUCAUCAUACAACCCCAGACAGUAAAACACACAGUGGUGAGAAAUACACCGAUCCUUUCAAACUCGGUUGGAGAGACUUGAAAGGUCUGUAUGAGGACAUUAGAAAGGAACUGCUCAUAUCAACAUCAGAACUUAAGGAAAUGUCUGAGUACUACUUUGAUGGAAAAGGGAAAGCCUUUCGACCAAUUAUUGUGGCACUAAUGGCCCGAGCAUGCAAUAUUCAUCAUAACAACUCCCGACAUGUGCAAGCCAGCCAGCGCACCAUAGCCUUAAUUGCAGAAAUGAUCCACACUGCUAGUCUCGUUCAUGAUGACGUUAUUGACGAUGCAAGUUCUCGAAGAGGAAAACACACAGUUAAUAAGAUCUGGGGUGAAAAGAAGGCUGUUCUUGCUGGAGAUUUAAUUCUUUCUGCAGCAUCUAUAGCUCUGGCACGAAUUGGAAAUACAACUGUUAUAUCUAUUUUAACCCAAGUUAUUGAAGAUUUGGUGCGUGGUGAAUUUCUUCAGCUUGGGUCAAAAGAAAAUGAGAAUGAAAGAUUUGCACACUACCUUGAAAAGACCUUUAAGAAGACCGCCAGCCUGAUAGCCAACAGUUGUAAAGCAGUCUCUGUUCUAGGAUGCCCUGACCCAGUGGUGCAUGAGAUCGCCUAUCAGUACGGGAAGAAUAUAGGAAUAGCUUUUCAGCUAAUAGAUGAUGUACUGGACUUCACCUCAUGUUCUGACCAGAUGGGCAAACCAACGUCAGCUGAUCUGAAGCUUGGGUUAGCCACUGGUCCUGUCCUGUUCGCCUGUCAGCAGUUCCCAGAAAUGAAUGCUAUGAUCAUGAGACGGUUCAGUUUGCCGGGAGACGUGGACAGAGCGAGACAGUAUGUAUUACAGAGUGAUGGUGUGCAACAAACAACCUACCUCGCCCAGCAGUACUGCCAUGAAGCAGUAAGAGAGAUCAGUAAACUUCGACCAUCCCCAGAAAGAGAUGCUCUCAUUCAACUUUCAGAAAUUGUACUCACAAGAGAUAAAUGACAGCUCUUUCUGUUCUUUCUGGCAGCUAUCUUACCAGACUGUGCCUAAAGAAUUUUAUGGAAUACACUGUUUGCUUCAUGUGCAGAUAACCAAAAAUCAUUUUAAAAGAUACCACUUAUUGAUGAUGGGCAAUUUAUUUUUUUUAUUGCAAAAGUUUUUUCAGAAAACUUUUUAAAUGUAAUUAAACCAUCUGAAUCUGUCAUUCUAGUCCUAUAAAUUCUAAUCGAGGUAUCUUGAUGCUUAUAUGUGGUAUUGUUUACACUGUUAAUAUCCACAUGUAAGGCCAUUACACAAAUAAUAAAUGAUAAA